GACAUCGUCAUGGCUCAGGAGACCAAUCAGAGCCCAGCUCCUAUGCUCUGUGCUACUGGCUGUGGUUUCUAUGGUAACCCCAGGACUAAUGGCAUGUGUUCUGUUUGCCACAAGGAACACCUGUCAAGACAGAACAAUGGCGGAGUCAGUUCCCUCAGUCCUGUGGGCAGCAGCAGUGGCCCCACAGUCGAGGCUUCAGCAAUCCAGAGGUUAGAGGCCACCUUGAAUAAUGCUGCAGCUGCAUGUGCGGCGGCAGCAGAGGUUGCAGCUGAGGCUGCAGCAUCGGAAACUCUCAGUGCAAUAUCAACAACAGUUUCUAUAACACAAAAGAUGGCUGAGAUGAGUCUGUCGCUUGAGAAAGGAGCAUCGGGAUCGGGGAGUAAAGCAGAACUCUCAGAGCCGGUCGCUGAUCAGAUCACUGUUGCUGUCUGUCCACCCUCCACUGCUGGCAGUGAAGAGUCCCAAGCCUCGGAGCCUCCCAAACCCAAGAAGAACCGUUGUUUCAUGUGCCGCAAAAAGGUUGGACUUACAGGUUUUGAAUGCCGCUGUGGGAACUUGUUCUGUGGCUUUCACCGUUACUCAGACCAGCACAACUGCCCGUACGACUACAAAGCUGAAGCUGCGGCCAAAAUUCGUAAAGACAACCCCGUGGUGGUUGCGGAUAAGAUCCAGAGAAUAUGA